ACGUGUCUAACUGUCAAUCCGUGACGUGGCCGACCAAACGAUUUUUCCCCAAUAAGAUAUUGCUUGUGCUUUGCAAUUAAUUUCAAUUAAUAAACGCAAGCAAAGCGCAAACGAUGACCACCUACGAGGAGUUCAUCCAGCAAAACGAGGACCGCGACGGCGUGCGUCUUACCUGGAAUGUGUGGCCAUCCAGUCGCAUUGACGCCAGUCGAUUGGUUGUGCCUCUCGCUUGUCUCUAUCAACCACUAAAGGAGCGCCCCGACUUGCCACCUAUACAAUAUGAGCCAGUGUUAUGUACGCGCAGCAAUUGUCGGGCUAUAUUGAAUCCACUCUGCCAAGUGGACUAUCGUGCCAAGCUCUGGGUGUGCAACUUUUGCUUCCAGCGCAAUCCGUUUCCGCCGCAAUAUGCAGCUAUUUCCGAGCAACAUCAACCUGCAGAGCUUAUUCCAGGAUUCAGCACCAUUGAAUACACUAUUACUCGUGCGCCCACAAUGCCACCAGUGUUCAUCUUCCUCGUAGACACCUGCAUGGAUGAGGAAGAGCUUGACGCACUGAAGGACUCACUGCAAAUGUCACUGAGUCUUCUGCCACCCAAUGCGCUAGUGGGGCUGAUUACGUUUGGCAAGAUGAUUCAAGUGCAUGAACUGGGUGCCGAUGGCUGUUCCAAAAGUUACGUGUUCCGCGGCACCAAAGACUUAACUGCCAAGCAGGUGCAAGAUAUGCUGGGCAUAGGACGCGGCGCGGCGCCAACACCACAUCCUCAGCAGCAUCCUGGUGCACCAGGUGCUCAGAUGCAGGGUGCGGGCGCUGCCGGUGCUCAUGUGCCACCGGCACAUCGCUUUCUCCAGCCGAUCAGCCAGUGCGAUGCCGCGCUGGGUGAUCUGCUGAACGAGCUGCAGCGCGAUCCUUGGCCGGUGCCGCAGGGCAAGCGUUACCUGCGUUCCACGGGCGCCGCAUUGUCGAUUGCGGUCGGUCUGCUGGAGUGCACUUACCCGAAUACGGGCGGUCGCAUUAUGACCUUUGUGGGUGGCCCUUGCUCCCAGGGCCCCGGCCAAGUGGUCGACGAUGAGCUCAAGCAUCCCAUACGCUCGCACCACGACAUCCACAAGGACAACGUCAAGUUCAUGAAGAAGGCCAUCAAGCAUUACGAUGCCUUGGCGCUGCGCGCCGCCACAAAUGGCCAUGGCAUCGAUAUAUACUCGUGCGCCCUCGACCAGACCGGUCUCAUGGAAAUGAAGCAGCUUUGCAACUCUACCGGCGGCCACAUGGUCAUGGGCGAUUCGUUCAACUCGUCGCUGUUCAAGCAGACAUUCCAACGCGUCUUCGCGCGCGACAGUCGCAACGAUUUAAAAAUGGCAUUCAAUGCCACAUUGGAGGUGAAGUGCUCGCGCGAGCUGAAAAUCUCUGGGGGCAUUGGCUCGUGUGUGUCGCUGAAUGUGAAGAGCCCGUCGGUGUCGGAUGUGGAGAUCGGCAUGGGCAAUACGGUGCAGUGGAAACUUUGCACCCUAAAUCCCAGCUCAACGGUCGCCUAUUUCUUUGAGGUUGUCAACCAGCACUCGGCGCCCAUACCACAAGGUGGGCGUGGCUGCAUACAGUUCAUAACACAGUAUCAGCAUCCAAGCGGUCAGCGGCGCAUACGUGUCACCACGCUGGCAAGAAACUGGGCUGAUGCCACAACCAAUGUGCAGCAUAUUAGCGCUGGCUUUGACCAGGAGGCGGCCGCAGUGCUCAUGGCACGCAUGGUGGUCUAUCGUGCCGAAACGGACGAGGGACCAGACAUAUUGCGCUGGGUGGAUCGCCAGCUGAUUCGAUUGUGUCAGAAGUUUGGAGAGUACUCCAAGGAUGAUCCAAACAGUUUUAGGCUGUCGCCAAACUUUAGUCUGUUUCCGCAAUUCAUGUACCACUUGCGCCGUUCGCAGUUCCUGCAGGUCUUCAACAAUUCACCCGACGAGACCACAUUCUAUCGACACAUGCUGAUGCGCGAGGACCUCACCCAAUCUCUGAUCAUGAUACAGCCCAUACUCUAUAGCUACUCGUUCAAUGGUCCGCCCGAGCCGGUGCUGCUUGAUACCGCCUCGAUACAAGCGGAUCGCAUACUGCUGAUGGACACCUUCUUCCAGAUACUCAUCUAUCAUGGCGAGACGAUUGCCCAAUGGCGUGCGCUCAAGUAUCAGGAUAUGCCUGAAUAUGAGAACUUCAAGCAGCUGCUGCAAGGUCCCAUCGAUGAUGCGCAGGAAAUAUUGCAGACUCGCUUCCCCAUGCCGCGCUACAUUGACACCGAGCAUGGUGGCUCCCAGGCGCGCUUCCUGCUCUCCAAGGUGAAUCCAUCGCAGACGCACAACAACAUGUAUGCCUAUGGACAGCAGCCGCCAAUUGGUCAAUCGACGGAUGGCGGCGCUCCGGUGCUAACAGAUGAUGUCUCGCUGCAGCUGUUCAUGGAGCAUCUGAAGAAAUUGGCCGUGUCCUCCACCACAUAAAAAGAGUCAAGCAUACAAUAUACACACAUACAUAGAUUCCAAGCAUACGCCUGAGCAUAAAAUAAAACUAAUAUACAAUAUAUUCACACAU